AUGUCUUACCGUCUAUUUUCUGUGCGUUCCGCCAUCCGCGCAGCUUCUCGACAAUCGCUGGGCCGUCAGCCUGCGCUUCCCCUUGCCAGACGAACCUACGCAAGCCAACAUGGUGCUGCAAAGUCGAGCGACAUGCCUCUGCUCUUGGGUUCGGCCAGUGUCACCGUCGUCGGACUUGCGUAUCUCCUCUCCGGCUCAAAGAAAGGUGGUGGUCAUGAUGAACAUGGGGCCGACCACGGAGAUGCAUCUACCCACGGCUCCGAUGAACAUGACACGCAGGACAAGAACGAAUCAAAAGAUACUGGCAAAGACAAGAGCGAAUCAAAAGAUGUCGGCAAAGACAAAAAGACCGACGUAAACGACGAUGACGACCAGGGGAAAGAAGACAAUGACAGCAAGAAGAAACCAGAGAAUGGCUCCAAGGGCGACGCAAAAGCUGCCAACAAAUCGUCUCAGACCGGCCAGAAUGUGCCUCCUCCUUCCAGUGACAGUAGCUCUGGGUCGGAGAACAAGGAAGAGAAGAAGAAGGAUCAAGAGGAGUACAAGGAGACUAUUGAGAAGAAGGAUACCAAGGUGGCAACAAGCUCAUCUGAUAUGCCAAGCAAGAAGACGGCUGGAGAACACCCUCGGGAAGAUCCUCAGAAGGGAGAGGGCGAAGCCAAGCAGAAGGGUGGCUCCGAGGACUCCAAGGAUGAUUGA